UCAGGUCUAGACCCGCCAGAGAGACUUGGAGAAGCCAAAACUGACACCGAAGGAAAAUUCCUGGUUUCGGGCACUCACACUGAUGGAACACCGGUAGAUGCGGUGCUCAAGUUCUAUCACGCAUGCAACGAUGAUAAAUUAGAGGUAAAAGACUAUUUGCUUGAUCGCUGA